AUGGACUGCUUCAUGGAUUCUAAGGCCGAUAGACUGAUUAGAUGUUACCACCAUCAUGCCGUGUUGCCGGACUUUGUCUUUAGAAAGCCUUGUGAUAUCAUAAUUUACUGA